AUGUCUACAUCAAAGAGUGCAUCCCUAAAUGAGGAGUCCCAUAUUACUAAGAUGAUGAAUCUACCUCCGAGGCUAAAUAUUAAGAAACAAAUAGCUCCAAGGGUAUACUUAGUGUGUACAAAACUAGAAGAAGAUGAGAACAAUGAAUUUAUAUUAAAGUGGUACUCGCGUAGCGAAUUAGAUAGUUUUGCAGCAGCGUUGCGUAUUCCUGAUGAAGAUGAUGAAGAGUACUUUAAUACUGAAGAUAAUGAAACAGACACUAUAUUGGAGAGUCGCGUAAUUUAUACGAUAAAUAUCCAUUAUACAGUGCAAAGUGACAACAAUAUUAGGAUGACUAGUGAAUACUAUUGUCAAAAUAAUAAAAAGUGGAUUACAUCUAUUAUAAUUGAUGGAGAUGAGUAUCAUAAAGAGAAUUUUAGUUGUAAUAUCUCAAUUAUACCACUCAUUUGUAUUAUUGGAGUUAAGUUUAAUAAAGAAAAUAAAGUAUUUGAAUCUUUGGAUACCUGUAUAGGUCUACUAUUUCCAAAAUUAGAAGGACCACUUAUGUUAUUUGAUAAUCAUACAUACAAGUGGAUUCCUAAUAAUAUAUUUGCAAGGUUUUUUACUGAAAGUUACAUUGCAAAUAUUUUUAAGCAAACUGUAUAUAUAGCCUAUACUUUAUAUGAAAAGUACCGUCUUGUACAUAAAGAUAUCAAACUAGAGAACUUAUGUUUCCUUCCUUUUGAUAAGUCAAAAGAUGACCAUUUAAGGCUUAUGUUUAUUGAUUUAGGUGAGGCUCAGAUUUUAUCAACCUCUUUGACAUUAAAGGAUGCAUAUGGAACUCAUUGUAACUUGCCUCCUGAAUGUUUUAUGUGUUUUCUAAAUAAUAGUAAACUCGGAUACAACGCUGAAAAACGUGAAAUUUGGAGUUUAGGAUGUUUAUUACAUACCAUAGUAUUCGGUUACUCUCCUUUAUAUAAUAUUUGGAAGAAUAAGUCACCUUUACAAUAUCAGUUAGCAUUAUGUAAUUUGGAUGAACAUAUAGAGAUUCCUUUAUACUCAGAGAAUCUAAAAUGUGAUAUAUCAACUAAGCUUAAGGAUCUAUUGUGUUCUAUGCUUUGUAAACAUCCAGAAUCUAGGUCAUCAUUUGUGAAUGUGUUACAUUCCAAUUGGUUGGCAUAA